AUGUCUCAGCCCCUGAAAGUUACGAUAGUCGGAGCAGGCCUAGUAGGUCUAGCAUGCGGCAUCGCAUGUCGUCGUCAAGGCUUUGAGGUCUUCAUAGUUGAUCAGCUGAAAGAAUUUCUACGUCUUGGUGACAGUAUCGGAUUCGGUUCAAACUCGGCAAGGCUUCUCUAUCGUUGGGGAGUUGGGUCCAGGAUGGAGCCGAUUGCAAGUCAGAGCAGCGAGAUGCGCAUCUAUAACUUUGACUCUUCCGACAAACUCCUCGGUGUCGACGACCAAAUUGGCAAAUCCCGAGUCGAAGUCUACGAUCCGAAUAAGCCGAGCAUCACGCUAUCCUCCGGAGAAGAGAUUCAGUCAGAUGUCGUAAUCAUUGCCGACGGCGUCAGAAGCAAAGGACGCAGGACUGUGCUAGGUUAUGAAGAUAAACCUCAAGCAAGCGGAUACGUCAUUUACCGAUCAUUCAUGAGCGGUGAUCUCCUUAGAGAUGACCCAUUGAUCAGCAAAUUCCUCAGUGACGGCGACACAAUCCGUUUGUUUCUGGCCAAGGACAUGCAUGGCUUCAUCAGCACUUUGCAAGGUGGCAAGGAGAUCAAUGCAGUUCUUACUCACAAAGACGUCGGCGACGUUGCGGAGAGUUGGACUAAAGAGGCCUCCAAAGAAGACGUGCCGGCGUGUCUCGAGGGAUGGGAACCUACUUUCAGGAGAGUCUGGGAAAAGAUGCCCUCGGUCAUUGACUGGAAGCUCGUGUAUCGACCCUGUCUCGAUAAAUGGGUCGCAGACUCCGGGCUGGUUGCGUUGAUGGACGAUGCUGCACACCCCUUUCUACCCACUUCGACUCAAGGUGCUAGCCAAGCCAUCGAAGACGGAGCUACCAUAGCCAAAUGUCUCUCGAAAUUUGCAGCAGGCGAUAUCCCGCUAGCCUUGCACACCUACUUCGAAAUCCGACACGAAUACGUCGCUGAAGCACAGGCGACUGGCAUAAAGCAGAGAGAAAUAUGGCACAACUUGCACGAUGAGGACAGUAAAGCGUUUAAGGAGGAGUUUGACAUCAACUCAACCAUGAUGCAAAACCUCUAUCUUUAG